AUGGCAUCUGCUGCCGAGCACGACCUGGCUCUUUCUGAGGCCGACGGCAGCAAGGACAAAUCUCAGGUGUUCGGAAUUUUGAGGUUACAAGAGGAGAAAUGUAACGUCGGUGAGAAAUGUAUCCCCACCGUGAGAGGAGGCGGGGGUGGAGGAGGAGGAGACGGACGAUGGCAGGCUCCCAUCUUCGCGUUAGCCAGGAAAGCCUCCGAAACCAUUUCGGGGAGCAUUCAUGUCCUGCCCAAAGUGUCGGAGAACAGAGCAUCCUUGCCGGGAGAGUGGACAGCUCAAGCUCUGCGGGAUCCGAUGACCAUGGAGCGAGCUAACCUGCUCAACAUGGCCAAGUUGAGUAUUAAAGGCUUGAUCGAGUCAGCACUGAGCUUUGGAAGAACGCUGGACUCGGACUACCCGCCCCUGCAGCAGUUCUUUGUUGUCAUGGAGCACUGCCUCAAACAUGGUCUGCGAGCAAAAAAGUCCUUUCUGGGAUUUAACAAGUCUCUUUGGGGUCCUCUGGAGCUGGUGGAAAAACUGUGUCCGGAAGCAGGAGAGAUUUCAGCCUCUGUACGAGAUCUGCCGGGACUCAAGACUCCAUUAGGUCGGGCCAGAGCGUGGUUACGACUGGCCCUUAUGCAGAAGCGGCUGGCCGACUAUCUGCGACUCCUCAUCACCAGAAAAGACUUACUAUGUGAUUUUUACGAGAAUUCGGCACUGAUGCUGGAGGAAGAAGGCGCCGUGAUUGUGGGUCUGCUGGUCGGCCUCAACGUCAUUGACGCCAACCUGUGCGUCAAAGGUGAAGAUCUGGACUCUCAGGUCGGGGUGAUUGACUUCUCCAUGUACCUAAAGAAUGACAUUGACGAUUACAGGAGCGAAGAGAGGAACAGCCAGAUAGCAUCCAUUUUGGAUCAGAAAAACUAUGUAGAGGAACUUAACCGCCAACUGAAUUCUACAGUUCACGGGCUGCAGGGCAGAGUGGACUCUCUGGAAAAGUCUAACUCGAAACUUAUAGAGGAGUUGGCUAUAGCCAAAAACAACAUCAUUAAACUGCAGGAAGAGAACCAGCAACUGAGGAGUGAAAACAGCCUCAUUCUUCUGAAGUCACAGCAACAUUUGGAGGUGUCUCAGGGUGACGUGUCAGUGGAAAGAGAGACAUACAAACAGUCCCGUCAAGGCUUGGAUGAAAUGUACAACGAGGCGCAACGGCAGCUGAAGGAGGAGUGUCAGCUCAGACAGGAUGUGGAGAAUGAGCUGGUGGUUCAAGUGUCAAUGAAGCAGGAAAUGGAGCUGGCCAUGAAACUUCUGGAGAAAGAUAUUCACGAGAAACAGGACACGUUGAUCGGGCUCAGACAUCAACUGGAUGAAGUCAAAGCCAUCAAUGUCGAGAUGUACCAGAAGAUGCAGUACUCCGAUGACGAAAUGAAGAAGAAGAACAACAUGAUCAGUCGUCUUGAGGAGAAGACCAAUCAGAUCACGGCCACCAUGAAGCAGCUGGAGCAGAGAUUACAGGAGGCCGAGAGCCACCGCAUCACGGCCGAGGAGGGCACCAGGCGUUUCAAGACGGACUUUGCCAACAAGGCUGACAGCUUGCAGCGGCAGAUCGACCACAGAGAAAAACAACUUCUGCAGCUUGAGACGGACUUGAAGAUCGAACGGGAGUGGAGACAAACGCUGCAGAAUGAUCUCCACCGAGAGAGAGAAACGGUGUCUCAGCUCAAGACACAGGCGCUGCAGAUCAACGGUCUCAAAAUGGAGUUCCAUCGCCUACAGGAUGAGAACUUCCAGCUGAAGAGCAUCUGUGAAGACCAAGAACAAGCUCUCGAGGAACUUGGCUCCAAACUUAGCGAAUCCAAAAUGAAGAUUGAGGACAUCAAGGAAGCCAACAAAGCUCUUCAGGGAGGCCAGGUGUGGUUAAAAGACAAGGAUGCAAGUCACUGUAAGCUGUGCGAGAAGGAGUUCUCCAUCUCAAGACGCAAGCACCACUGUAGAAACUGCGGCGAGAUCUUCUGCAACGGCUGCUCGGACAACGAACUUCCGUUGCCCGCGUCUCCCAAACCGGUGCGAGUGUGCGACACCUGCCACGCGCUCCUCCUCCAGAGAUGCUCGUCCAAUCCCACCUGAAGCGUUAACCUCUACCUCCAACCGGCCCUCUGCAAGGUCCAGCUCUUUAUAUCUUGCAUGCACUUUGACGUACAGUAUAUCUCACUGGGAUUAUACUGGAUUGAUUUGGAAGUUGAGAUGUUAAAAUUAUAUACAUACUGUGUUUCAUCAAAAGUGGCCUUCGCUUGAAUUAGACAAUGUGUCUUUAUUAGGCACCCUUUGAUCAUUUUGCCACAGUAAAUGCCAUUACCCAAACUACAGACCUGAUAUCUGUAAAUCUGAAGUUUACAGUGGAGUUUCGAACCCAGUGGAGCUCAACAUUUCAAUGUUGGAAAGAACCACGUUAUUCUGGUUCUUGUUGUAUUUGUGGAAUAUGAAUUCAACAGCAACAUUAAUCAAUCUCCAUUUGUCUCAGUGUGUCACCAUGUUGGAUAAUAUUAUUGUUGACAACUGAAACGAACCCUCCCAAAAGUUGACCAAAGUCAGAAAACAGUUCAUGAGGAAAUACAGUAUGCUGUAUGUACUGCAUAUCAUUUUGUUAGUCUAAUAUUAUAAUUGCCCAAGUUAUUUUUAAAAGGUUUUUGAAAAUCUAAAUUGAGUUGGAUCAAUUCACGACUUUGCAUAUUACCAUGACCUGGAUGAGCGAACAAAGGCAUAGGAAUGACUUCUUAAGCUUACUUUGACGUUAAUUUAAACAUGAUAUAGGCCGUUAUUCAACGCCAACAAGAUGGAGCCAAUACACACCGAGCUUUCAUUUCCUUGAGCAUUACAAAGUCAUGGUAUGAUGGGACACAUUGUGGUCGUCUACGUAUUGUUUUAUCUGUUCAGGGUCAAAUGUUCCUGUUAUCCAAUUGUUUGUAUUGUCCAAAUCCAAUUGUGUUUACAUCUUCUCAACUGGAUUUCGCUGCGGUUAUAUAUUGUAACUGUCAGUGCCCUGUAGUGUGUUUUGGAACACAUGAACACUUGAGGCACUUAAAAGAUGGGACUGUGAACCUAAUGAAAGCACUAAAGACUGACAGUAUCAACCACAUCUGAUGAGUGCCACCACCAAUUGAAGAUGUGCACCGAAACAAAGCUCCCCCCCUGAAGAAUGGUGCUCAUAUCUCGUGUUGGUGCCACUUAAGCUUGUGCACAUACUUAGUCCCAAAUUUAAGCAGGAGUUAUUACUUUAAGGCAGGGGUCACUACCCCCGGUCCGUGGCGCAAAAAAGGUUGGGGACCACUGCUUUAAGGUUCAUUGUAGGUACUAGUUCACUAGUCCAAUGACACGUUGCUGGUGGGUCGAGGCACAAUUGCAGUGAAUACUGUUUCAGGAAUUGAUUUCUAAUCCAUGGUCAAGUAUUCAUUCUCAUUUGGACUCUGGUUUGGUACUUGACCAAUCUUGACAACAUGGAAGUUGUCCACUUUUGUUUUUCUAUUUUUUCCCCCGUGUUUAAUAACCCAAUUGUGAUUAGCACAAGAGCCUCAUUUUAUACACUGCAAUUUUGCUCUUAUUUAUAAAAGUCCCAGUUCUCAAGGGCAUGUGCGGUUUUUUGUUAGUGUUUAUAUUGUUAACCAAAAGUGAACUUUAUCACCACAUUGUUGAUUGCCAACAGUAUGCUGCCUUGACUGUAGCAGUUUUGAUUAAAUGAAAUGAUAAACCUGA